GACUGUAGGUUUGUGACCUCCAUGGUGUGCGACGCUGUGAGUUUGUUGUCUAGACCUGUGUAUAAUUUUAGGCGAAUAUAGAGGGGACACUCUACCUCCUGCCUCACGACAUCUCAUGGGAAGUUGAGGUCACCCCUUAAGAAGUGAGACAAUAAUGGAGACAACUAAAAGGUUGACCGCAUCAUCAUGUGAUGGUCCUGUACCAUCAGAUUUCUUGUUGCAAUAUAAUCCUGCUGAUUGGAUGAAACAACUUCAACUCAUUCCAAAGUACAGAGUUAAGCUAGUCCAUGGAGUCACCCCUAUCCAGAGAUGGUACCUUCCUAACGUCCCAGCAAAUUUUGAAAUCCACAUCAAACGAGAUGACCUGACAGGAUGUGAACUUUCCGGUAACAAGGCUCGUAAGCUUGAGUUCCUCCUUGCUGAUGCCAUCAAUCAAGGCUGUACCUCCGUCAUCACAUGUGGAUCUUCACAAUCAAACCAUUGUCGAGCUACUGCCAUAGCCGCGAGACAGCUUGGUCUGGAACCCCACCUUCUAGUCAGAUCUCCUGUCUCAGAUCCAAAUGAAGUUGUUUGUACAGCUAAUAUGUUCCUCAACCGCCUGAUUGGAGCACACAUUUAUCUGCUGCCUAAGACAUCUCAUAUUAUAACAGAUAUAACACCUCGUAUGGAUCAACUGGUACAGAAAAUAAAAGAGGAGACGGGUGAGAAGGCCUAUCCAAUAACCCUAGGUGGCUCUACAGCAGUAGGUUUAUAUGGCUAUUUGGAAGGAUUCAGGGAGCUACUGGAUCAGGGUGUUGCAGACCAGUUUACAGACAUCGUCAUUACAUGUGGAAGCAGUGGUUCGGCUGCUGGUCUGGCUCUUGCCAACUACCUCACCGGCUCCAGACUGAAGGUACAUGGCUUCAUUGUCGCGUAUGACUCCAAGUUCCACCAUAAAUGGAUCAAUGACGUCUACAAGGAAGUGGAUGCAAAGGAUAGCAACGGUGAAGUCUUACAGUCCGAGGACAUUGUCAACUUAGUAGAUGGAGUCAUAGGAGGUGGUCACCACCAUUCAACCCAGGAGCAACUAGAUCUUGUUGGUGAGGUAUGUACAAAGACUGGCAUUAUCAUUGACCCUGUUUACACCGGGAAGAGCGUCUUUCAUCUGCUCAGGCUAUUGAAGGAACAACCACAACUAUUCAAAGGCAACAAGGUACUCUUCAUACAUACAGGAGGACUUUUCGGACUCUUUGAUGGCCGCAUGGAUGAGACCCUAAAGCAGAUGGGCACUGAAAGAAACCAAUUUCAUGAAUGGAUGGAACUUAGUGAUCAGGCCCCCAACUUGAACCUCUGACUCUGAACUGCAGUGACAGUGCCCUACGUUGGCCAACAAUGAACAUUUAUUGAAGCAUAUGCCACAAAAUAGAGCAGGGCCCAAUUUCAUAGAGCUGCUUAAGCACUAAAUUUUGCUUCAGCAAAAAAAUCCUUUCUCAAUA